AUGCAUGGAGGACCGGGUCCUAUGAUGAAUCCCGGUUUCGGUAGACCGGGUCCAUUUAUGGAACCGUAUGGUCCUUUUCCACCAGGAGUUAGAGGUCCAAUGCCAUUUGGAGGGCCGGGUCGAAACAUGGGAUUCGGCGAAGGCAACCAGAAUGUCAGCUUUUUCAAUGGUCCUCAAUCGAUGCCGGGUCCGGUACGUUUCCAGUGCUUAUUAGUGGUAUCCUGCCAAACGGCUACACCAUGUGCAGCUACUGUAGGGAGAGGAUCCGUUGGAUGUGGAUCAACCGGAAUGGCAAGUGGUUCGUCUGAAACCAACAAUGGUGUGCCAUCAAACACUGCAAAUGAAGUACCGGGAUUUGGAACGAACAGUAGUAUUCAUGAAUUAUUUGGUAAAAUGGUCUGGAAGAAAAUGGAGGGUCUUCGUGAUGAAGCUGUCAUUGAUCGUCUACAGAAUCGCAUAAUGAACAUGAUCCACGAAGCUCUUGCUCAGCAGUCUGAUACCUCUGCAAGUAGUAACGACAUAUAUAAUGCACAUGUUCGUGAGUGCAUAACCAUGUAUUCAUGUAUAUUGUAUUUGUGCAUAUACACGUGGAUGUAUGCUUGUAUAUCUGCUGUUAGGGCUAUGGCGAAAGUCGAUCCUGAAUGUAUUCCUCCUGAUGUACCUGAAGGAGCAACGGACUCAGCGGAAGAUCCUUCUGCUCAGAACAAUGUUGGAGAAAGAAAUGCAGAUGGAAGCGAUCAUCCUGUGCCUGGAACAUACUUCAACGGAACGCCGCAUGUCAAGCGUCCUCAGCCAGCGAAGGUAUUCUUCGCGCCGCAGAAAUAUGGAUUUUUCACCUUGAAUAAAGUUGAGCAGCGAUGGGUCAGUUCUGGCUUGCUUUUGGAAGCUACAAGAGAUGACCCCGAGAAAGACAAAAAAACUCACGCUGAUGAUAUAAUCGCAAAUGUUACAGAAAAAUUCUUUCCUGGACAGAAAAGGUCAGCUGAAUCAGGAUUGCCAGUGGCUCCCUCCUUUUUGCCGCCUCCUCCAGGAGUAGUACCACCAGGCAUACCACCGCCUCCAUUUAUGAUCCCACCAGCUGCUCCUGCAAGAGAUGGAAAGAGAAUUAAGUUCAACGAUGAAGAAAGUGAUGAAAACGAGCUGUUUGGUAUGGUUUCCCUGAAUGGUUCUUUUUAUUUGGUUAUCAUACUUGCACAAUACUAG